GAGAGAGUGAGAGAGCAGGGGAGAGAGAGAGAGAGAGAGUGAAAGAAAGAAAGAGGUAAAACAAAAUAAAAGAAAUAGUGAUAUAGUUUCUGGUGGCACUAAGGAACACUGGACAUACAGAGUUAAUGGUAUCAACUUGUUGAUAGUUUAAAUAUAUGACAUGAGGUGUUGAUUAGACACCUGGAGAUGGAAAACUUUAAAACUUGAGUGAACUAUGGAAGACGAGCCCAUAUUUUUAGUUAAUCCCAGAAGUUUGUAUUUCUGAGUGACAUAAAGCAUUGCUGUGUGGGUGAUUCCACUAUUGGUGUACCAUUUAACCCUUAUAAUUUCUGCAAAAUGAAAAAUCAUUUUCCAACACUAAUUCUCAAAAAAAAAAAACAUGCAUUUAGCCAUAAAAUUCUUUAUGGCUUUAAAUGUGUUAACCAAGGGAAAUUGUAAUGCUACAAAAGACACUCUUGACAAUUCUGUGCCACUUUGUGGCAACAGUUUGGGAAAGACUCACAUAUGGGUGUGACAGUCAUGUGUUCACAUAUUUUUGGCCAUAUAGUGUAGCAUAAUCUAAUCAAAAAAGAUAUUUGAAUUUUUGCAGUCCUGCAUUUGGGGCAUUAACUAACUACACUUCUAGACCAAUAGCCAUUCUGUGUGACAGUGAAGUGAUGGUGACCUCCAAACUACCUAUGUACAUGUGAAGGGAAUUAUUUAUAGCAUACUGUAUUCUGUAGUAGAGUGCACAGUGGCUUAGUGGUUAGCAGGUCUGCCUCACACCUCCAAGGUUGUGGGUUCGAUUCCCACAGCAGUAUACUGCCCUGUGUGUGUGGAAUGUGCUGGUUCUCCCUGUGCUGCAGGGGUUCCUCUGGGUACUCUGGUUUCCUCCCCCAGUCCAAAGACAUGCAUUGUUGGAUGAUUGGCAUGUCAAAAUUGUCCAUAGUAUACGAAUGUGUGUGAGUGUGCCCUGUGAUGGAUUUGUACCCUGCCUUGUGCCUGAUGCUCCCUGUGAUAUGCUCCAGGUUCAACCCUGUCGGAUAAACAGUACAGAAAAUGGACGGAUGGAUGGAACAAGCACAUAUGGGCGUGAUGUCAGGUGUCCACAAACUUUUAGCCAUACAGAGUAGUAUUCACUGAAGAUUAGUCACAGGACGCAACGAUAAGGCGAGCGGAACCAUUUAUCCGCCAGCUUAAGUUUCCGCUGGGGCGCGUUUGUGCUGCACAGCGGAGUAUGACAGUUUGUAAACACAUUCAGGGAUGCUGAAUGUGCUGUUCCGGCAUUGGCCAGAGGUGAUGUAAUACCCUCUAAAUAAUGCAUGGCCUUAAGAAAGUGAAAGACCAUGAGGCAGAAAGCACAGGCAGAGGAAAUCGAUGUCAGUGUGAGAGAGAGGGAAACCUGCAAGAGUCUGGGCAGAAGACAGCAUCACACAGAAAGAAAUAGCAACAGACAGUGGAGAACCCCACCUCAGAACAACGGGAUGAUCUGACCACCUCCAAAACCAGGAUGUUGAAGCCUUGGGUGGACCAUUGCUCCGUACACCACAUUUCAGUCCCUUUCAUUGAGAUAUUGCUGCCUCCUGACUUGAACGCAUGCAACACCUAAGCUAAACAACACCAUGAUGGGAUCGAACCACCAUUCUUAGCCACCACUUUUCUUAAAACAACAGAGACAGCAACAUUAAGCCGUGCCUUAUUAAUGGUGUCUGGAAGGGAUUCCAGCCUUUGAGGACAGCCAGUUUAGCCAGGCUUCUUCUUGGGCCUAGAUGGCAGAUGGUGCAUCUUUGUGGCCUUGAGGCAUGUGGAUCCUCUCCUUCUGAAGUUCACAAUUACAAAGAAUCCAUCUGCCUUCUCUGUUCCUCUACCUCUUCUUUGGGGCUUAGACUUCGGAGGUGAUGGAGGGAUCAGAGGUUGAGGACAUCAGUCCAGCCCUUGAGGCGACAGAGGAUUACCUGCACUGCUUGAACAGUGCUCAAGAAACUGGACAAGUUUGCCCUCCCAAACUAAAAGAGGUGUUGACUCUGGACAAGUUGAACUCCAGUGGGGUAUGGGGGUUGCUCACUGGGGAACAGCCGGAGAUAUCGUCUCACAACCUAGCCUGGGCUGAACAAACGUCCUUCAGUGUGCUAGGCCUAAAGAACGGGAAGAGGAACCGAGCACGUUCUACCAAUGAUUUGGCAGCCCAUGCCAAAGAGACCAACUCAACCAGUUCAUCCAGUGGGGGCUUCAAACGAGGGCACAACAGAUCUCGGUCAGAUGUCAACUACCGGUCGUACACUGAUAGCGGCGUGCCAGCUAUUGACAAGAACACGCUUAAGAACAUGGCAUUAAAUAAUCAAAUGGAAGGCAAUAAGGAGAGCACCACCAGUCUGGUAAAACAGGGGAUUUUGGAGCACAGGGAGGGACCUUGGGGCCGCUGGAAUACCUGCCAUGUGGAGCUCACGCCCUGCGAGUUGCGGGUCUACAGCCUGGACAGCAGCGGGAACAGGCAGCUGUGUACAGCCCUGUCACUGUCCCAUUGCCAGAGUGUGGGUGCGCCUCAGCCUCAGGACGGGCGCGUGCUACAGGCUCUUUUCUUCAACAGCACUCGGUUGCAGCUCCGUACUCCCUGCCAGUGGGAGGCUCUGGAGUGGCGCCGGCUCCUUUGGGAACGUGUCCUGGUUGCCCGUCCAACUAAUCGUAAGGGCGAACUGUCAUCUUCUGCUUCUCCAAAUCCCCAUGAACUGGAUCCCAAUGCAGUCUCUUUGCCAACCUCCCGUCCACUAGUCCGUCCGAAGGCCCUGCCCCUGUUCACCCAGCACUGUGCUGAUGUACUCAAAGUAGGCCUCCUGUACCAACUCAGCGACCUCAACAACUGGAGCGCCUUCACCUUCGUGCUCAGCCGCACCCAACUGCAGGCUUUCCAAACCGAGGGCCGAGGGCCAGUGUGCGAGCCCGUGCUGCGGUAUUCUCUUGCCUCCUGCUUGGCUGUGCAGCGGGAUGAGGCUGAUGGAGGAGUCUGUGCCCACUUCCAGGCCAUCUUCCCGGAUGAGGUGCUGCGUCUGCGGGCUGAGAAUGAGCCCCAGGCCCAGGACUGGGUGGAGGCCCUGCGCACAGCCGUGGCUGCCCAGAGACCUCAAGGGGAGAGCAGCCGUAUAGCGCCAUCUGGAGUGCUAAUGAGGAGCAGACCAGCCCGAGAACGUCGCCAAAGGGAGGCCCAGAGAACCAAGCGCCAGUCUGUUACAACAAGCUUCCUGAGCAUUCUGACUUGUUUGGCUGUAGAGAAAGGCCUGACUGCUCAAAGCUUCAGAUGUGCAGGAUGUCAAAGACCAGUGGGUUUGUCACGAGGCAAGGCCAAGGUUUGCUGCUACAGUGGAUGGUACUAUUGUCAGAGCUGCCACCAGGACAACCUCUUCCUUAUUCCUGCUCGACUGCUGCAUAACUGGGACACAAGCAAGCAUAAGGUGUCCAAGCAAGCUAAGGAGUUCCUGGAGUUUAUAUACGAGGAGCCCUUGCUGGACGUGCAGCAGUUGAACCCAGGCCUCUACGAACACUCGGAACCUCUAGCUGCUGUGCUCAAGCUGCGGCAGCAACUCAAGUCUCUCAGGGCUUACUUAUUCAGCUGCCGAGCCACAAUAGCGGAGGACCUGCGCCGCAGGAUUUUUCCAAGGGAAUACCUGCUACAGAACAUUCACCUGUACUCUCUGGCCGAUCUCCAGCAGGUAAUAGAUGGGAAGCUGGCUCCUUUCCUCUCCAAAGUGAUUAAGUUUGCCAGUUCCCAUGUGUACAGCUGCAGUCUGUGUCGCGAGAAGGGCUUCAUCUGUGAGCUCUGCCACAAUGGUCAGAUCCUCUACCCUUUCCAGGAGAAUGCCAAGAGGUGUGAGGGAUGCGGAGCGGUGUUCCACACCGAGUGUCGGAUGCGUGCGCAGCCUUGUCCGCGUUGCGUUCGUCGUGAGCUGCACAAGAAACCCUCUUCGUUCUGGAAGAAGCACAACCACAGUGAGAGCCCCGACGAUGACUGCUGCUUCGAGCUCGACACCUGAGCCAAAGCGUUGUGAGCGAGGGAGCCUCGCUCCCAUUUAGGCCGCUCCUGCAGGCCUGUUUUCUGACCAACAGCUAACUGCUGCAUGAGUCUCUGCAUGUGCGUAUCCACGAGUGUCCACACUCUGUGGGCCAUGUAGAAGAGCUCUGUGUUUGUUGAUAAGGAACAGAAGGGUCUUGUUUCUCUCUCUCUCUCUCUCUCUCUCUCUCUCUCUCUCUCUCUCUCUCUCUCUCUCUUUCCUUCACUCUCUCUCUCUUUUUCCUUCUCCUCUCACCUGAGGGAUAGGGUACAUGCAGACAAUACUUCAGUCCCUGAAGAGGAGAGGUUUCAUAAUGAUACCAAUUUGCCCUCUCCUUUCAUCUACCAAAUGACAGCCGGGCCAACCGGCAAACGCGGAACCGAGUGGAGUACGCUCUCAUACUAGCGUGUAAACACACUCUAGCAGUCUGACGCAAAAUAAUGCAGUCUCUGGAAAUCCAAGGCCAAAUCAUUUCCUCUGCACAACAGAGCAUCUAAUCCAUUAAUGGCCACGCUCGAAUCGGAUGUAGAAAAUCUCUCACACACACACACACGAGAAAAGUCUUAGAAGUUAUUAUUCAACAUAUAGACUCAACAUGAAGAUCCACAUUACACUUGACUGUCUCCCUCGCUGCAUUCCUACACACCCUCUGUGAUUAAUCUAUUUAAUAAAGGAAAAGAAAUUAACAUGGGUUUUUUUUAGUCGACUACAGUGGAGAAAGCUUAGUGCUGUAAUUACCACUGGACAGAGGACUAAGCCUUAGGGAAGCACCUGUUUUUUUUUUUGUUUGUUUUUUUUUAAAAGAGGAAUUUUAGGAACAUAAUCUCAUGCACAAUGGUUUGGACUCCUGUGAAGUGACUCUAGUCAAAGGCAAUGUACAGAGAGGUUGGCAUCUCGUCCUGUACAGCUGGAACUGAAGUUUUUCGCUGCUCAGUGCCACUGCCUAUAUGCAGCUGAGCCACGGUCCCUUUGCCAACUGCUGGCUUUUUGAUUACAAACUACCCUCGGCCACAAGGUCCCAAAUUAUAGUCCAGAGCGCUGGGGCUUUGUUUAGCAUUGGUAGACCUAGUUCAGCAAGGAUCGCAGAGAAAACCCGCCCGCUGACGGGCUCGUUACUCACGUCGUCCACCCAUACCGCAGGAUUGGAUCCAUAUGAGUCGCUCGUCUCACUGGGUGUGCGUUCACACUCCAUUUUCCGGCUACUUGAACUAAGCACUGGCAAUAAGAUCACUCAUUUUGCUUUUUUGCUGCCUUAUUUGACCUCUUGGUUUUCAUCGUCGUUUUCCAAAGGGACAAUGAUUUGACAAUGCAGAACGACACAUGCUUUUGCCUGAAUUAAAAUGUUUUCCCGCUUAUGCAAAUUAGAUAGGCUAAGUGACCUUUUUCUUGUGCUAAAAAAAAAAUAAUAAAUCCCCAAACUUCUUAUUCUCACCAUUUACCACUUUUUUCUUUCCCCCUUUUGCAAACAUGGAGGCGAGGUCAGGAUCAGACAUCGUACCAGCAACAUAGAAGCUCGCAGUAUAAUUCUUUUUGUUUUUGUCCCCCCCCCCCCCCCCCCCAUUCUGUAAACGUCAUAGGAUAAAAUUAUUUAUUGUUCUGACUUGUGUGCAGUGAUGAUGGAUAGAUGAAGUCCAGAGGGAUUCAGGUCAAGGUCAACCCGGAUGUACACGUCUGUUUGUUUUUUAUAAUUUUUUAAAAUUGUAUUAAAUUAUGUUUAUUUGUUUACUGCUUUGUAAAAAUGUUUACAUCAUGUGUUUCACAGAGAGCAGCUUCUUUUUUUUUUUCUUUGACAUUUGCACCAAGAGUACAUUUGUGUUUAAUUUUGAUAGAGUUGAAGGAACGGGGUUGUGUGUGUGUGUGUGUGUGUGUGUGUGUGUGUGUGUGUGUGUGUGUGUGUUUGGUUACUAAAUGUACACGGAAAGACUGAAGAAUUAUCGUGCCACGUGUUAAUAAUUGCUCUAAAUUUGACUGUAUUAAUUGAACCUCUUUCUCGUACACACUUUGCCUGCCUUAAACUAAAAGCCAGUACAUCUGCCUGUUGAUAAUCGUCUGUUAUUGUACAUUAGUAAUACACUGAUGCAGUUUGUUUGAGACUAAUGGGUUCUCAUCGUCCAAUCGUUAGUUCAGACAAAAACUUCCUGAACUGUUUAUUGUACAGUGCUUUCGAUUAUUAGACCCCAUGUCUAUUUUUGCUGAAGUAGGUGACUUUCGAAGCAAGUUUGCACAAAACACUGGCAUUUUGAAUAUCUUCUGUACCACAAAGCCUGUCCUGGCACUUUUACUACAUCCCAAUUAAUGUGUUUAGAUUGAAAGAUGGUUCGUUGUGAGUAUAUUGAUUAGCAGAGUUGCACUAGAUAGUCAAAGGAAAGCUUCUUUAAUUAUCUAGACAGGUAACAAAUUGCAGGAAAAACCAGCAGGAAGUGACUCGGUAAGCUGUUGAGCCACCAGAUCAGCUUAAGUGCACCUUGGCUUAGAUUCUCUAGAACUGUACUAGAGUGAUUAGCACCAUUCUUCCUAAAGAUAUUCCAUCAGUUAAUGUUUUGAUGAGGAGGAGGAUGCGUCUAACAGAUCACUCCAAAAUCUCUGGUAGGUGUUCGAUAAAGUUGAGAUCUGAUGAGAGGGGGGGCCGUAGCAUAUGAUUUAUAUCCACACCAAACCGUUCAGCGAGUCCUCAUGACCUGUAAAAGUGGGCGGAGUCAUCCUGGAAGAGACCCUGCCCAUCAGAAUACAAAUGUUCAUUAUAGGAUAAAGAUGAUCAGCCAGGAGAACUUUGCCACUGGGUUUUUCCUUUAAUUUUGUCACCCAUCUGUAUGUCACCUUCUGAAUUCCAUUAGAAGUGUUUUGUUUUUGUUUCAUUUCUAACCAUAAAUGCUUGAUUUUAGAGUGACGGGAAGAUCCACAAAAAGUUUCCUAGACUGACCCGAGAUGUCGUGUUUAACUAUACACGAACCAUGUGUAGUAUUAUUGGUUAGUCUGGAAUGGAACUUAUUCGCACUGUUGUAAAGUUAUCUUCAGGGAUUUUGGUUAUACCGCGAGAGAGAGAAACAAACAAAACAAGGGAACUGAGAUUAGUGGAUGUACUUUCAUUUCUUUUUGUACACCGUUAUUGCAGGUGAAACAUGCUCUCGUCUAUAACGGUUUAAUCCACUCUGCUGUGCUCUGUUGUAUAUAAUUCAGUGAUUCAUAUCAGCAGUUGAUUUAAACAGUAUUUAUUGUAUUUAUGUUCUAUUUAUUUUCAACUGUGUCUGGGCCUGAUCCUGCUUUUACUUCCUGUUCUGUCAUCCAAAAACUCUACAGCACAUAACAUUUUAUGCAAAUCUAACAAAAAAAAAAAAGAGGAAAAAUCUUAGUGUUUCCAUAUUGGCUCCUUUUGUUUUCUUUUUGUCACUGAUACCAAUAAAGUAAGUCACCUAGCAA